AAGAAAAGUCUUUGCACUACAUCAGAAUAACUUCAACAGCUGCUUUGUUCACACUGAGUCUGAUUUUGACUUGAAGUUUUAUAAGUUAGUUGUCAUUAAUAGUCUCGUCAUGGCAAUGCCUGCCCUGUGUCAAACAGCCUUCACGGUGCUCCGGCAGAUAGAGCCGAUCCUCGUGCUGGAGCAGCUGGGCAGCACUUUCUUCGACACCGCCCUGCAGAUGGUGGUGAGGGACCGGAGUGUCAACGCCACCUACCCCGAUGCCCACCUCUCCAGGGAGGACAGCCAGCAGAAAGCCAUGACCAACUUCUUCAUGACCUACAACCUCAUCAUAGGACUGACUCCGAUCUUACCUGCGAUGCUUCUGGCCAGGUUAGGCGACCGCGGCUGGAGGAGAGCCCCCAUCGUGGUGCCUCUAAGCGGGUACCUGCUGUCCAGGCUGGCCCUGCUCCUGGUGGUCAUCUUCCGGCUCCCGCUUGAGGUGAUGUUCGGCGCGGCGUCUCUCUUCGGGCUGUCCGGCGGCUUCUGCGCCUACUGGCCCGGCGUGAUGACGCUGGCGUCGCUCGGCUCCACGGCAACUGACCGAUCCAAGGUGAUGAUGAGAGUGGAGGUGCUGUAUGGGGCAGCAGGUCUGGUGGGCAGCCUGGUGUCGGGUCACCUCUUCCUGCUGUACAGCUCCAGUUUGGGACAUGGGACCAUACUGCUCUCUGUGAGCACACUGCUGCACCUGCUCUGCCUCAUGCACUCCAUCUUCCUGCUGCAGGUGAAAGAAGUAUCCGACCCAGAGCCAGAGGACAACUGCCACCUCCUGCCUCACGCCCCCAGUGAAGUCCCCGUGCAGGCUCCUGCUGGGAGAAACAUGGUGAACGUGGCUCUGCUGUUUUUAGCUGCCAUGCUGUACGUCUCUGCAGUGGGCGGAGCUAUGGAAAUACUCGGCGUCUUUGUGCUGAAAGAGCCACUCAACUGGAGCGCCACUCAGGUGGGCUACGGGAACGCAGCAGGCUGCAUGAUUUUCCUCACCAGUUUCCUCGGCGUCAUGGUGUUUCGUCGCUGCGUCGGCGACAUGUCGCUCAUCCUGAUCGGCAUGCUGUCGUUCGCCUCGGGGAUUUACUUCAUGUCCUUCGUCACGUCAACCUACAUGUUCUACCUCGCUCGCUCACUCAACCUGUUUGCUCUCAUCCCGAUGCCCACCAUCAGAUCUCUGCUCUCACAGCAGGUUCCUGCAUCCUCGUGUGGCACCACUCUAACCUCCCUGCAGUUGGCUCUGAAGUUUGCCAGUCUGGCGUACAUCCCUGCCUUUACUAAGAUCUAUCAGAGAACCCUGGACUGGUUCCCAGGCUUCGUCUUCACGCUCUCCAGCAUCAUUACAGUACUGGCAAUGAUACCCAUAGGUAUCAUCGGCUGCAGAUCACCUCAGAGGCGACAGUACGAGAGGAUUCUGGGAGACCGCACAGACAUCAGUUAGCGUUGGUACGAGACAGACAGGAACCGAGACAUGAAACGGGCAGAAAGUGAAACGGUGCCUUUAAUCUCACUUUCUGUAACGGGACAACAUUAGACUUCGCAAGUGAGGAGUUCCCACAGGCUUUGGCCAGAGGAACAGACUGCAGGUUUGAUGUUUACGUGCACAUUUGAUAUAUUUUUUAAAACAAACGUAUCUGAUAUGUUUUAAAACGCCUAUGGAGACGUAUACAUGCACAGAUAUAAUUGCAUGAAAAUAUCACAACCCAGUUUGACAAAAAGUUUAAAAUGAUUGAACUUUUGACAGAGGUACAGGAAAACAUCAUCAACCGAUGUAAUUCCCGUGAAAUCUGUUUGAAUGUCCACGACAACACACACAAUGUGAUUUUAACAUAAUGUAGAUUUGUCAUUUAAUGUGUCGGACAUAAAACAUUUCCCCUAAAGAAGACAAUGAACUAAAAAUGUUUUCUGUUCUGAACCGGCUCAAACUGGAUCACAGCUGUAUCAUAGCUCAUCAUCAGCUGUAAAUAUAAAACAUAUUUGAUACCAUUCAGUCCUAAAGUCUUGCACAUAAAGGUUGAACCUAAACAGGAAUAUAAAGUUUGCCACAAGGUACUCAGUUACCAAUGAGGAUUUAAAAAUGUUCACAUUUUUGUAUUGGGGUUGUGUUCUUUGGCUUUGUUAUUAUUUAGUUCUGCGAUGUGUAGACCUGCAGUGUGUAGACUCGUUAGCUGGAUGGUUUACAGACAUUCAUCCAGCUGUUUGUUCCUUUACAUGCAGAUUUCCUGUACGAGUCACACGUCAGUCAUUUGAAAAUUAAUGGCGAGUAAUUUGCUGUUGUCUUCCACAAUACAAAUGUUUUGUGUGUUAUAAUAAAUGCAAAUAGAUGCACUUUAUAGUAUUUGGGAGUGCAACAAGAGUUACAUACUGACCUGCAGGUCAGAAAAUACUGCCGGAGUAAAGUGACAAUGUGUUUUUAUGAUUUUAGUUUUUACAUUCCUUUAUUUCUGUCUUUUUAUAUCUUACAUGUUGACUCACUUAUGCAUUAUAUGUUUUCUGUUCACUUGUCUUUGUUGCUUUUUUAUAGUUAUAUUUUUGGUCUGGAAUUCUGCAUUUGCUAGGAAAGCACUUUCAACUGCACUAAUUGCCUGUGUACGGCAUAAUAACCAUAUUUUAUAAUAAUAGGAGAUUUUGAGAUGUGUUUUUUAAUAACUACAAUUAGAUAUUAUGAUUCAUUCAUGUGCACAGUAAUUCUGCAUUUUAGACGAUAAGGCUGCAAGUGCAAGUCACUGUGUGUGUCCUGUCAUUUUGCUUUAUAGUACUUGUAGUGGAUCUGAAGGGAAGGACAUGCAGCCUGCAUUAUUAUGUUUAUGUUAUGCCUUAAUUUAUUAUUGCACUUUUAAUUGUUGACACUUGAGCACAAACACAAAAGGGUUGCUGUCAAUGAGUUUAAAUACAGGUUAUUACACUUAAUGUACAGUUUAUGUGGGUGUAAAGGUUAGAACAGAAGGAAAAUAUGUGCAGUGAUGAACCAUAAAGCUGCACAUUUUAUAAAAAAAUAUUGUUUUUGAUGAAAAAAAUCCCUGAAGUAUGUUUUGAGGCUUUUAAUUAGAUUUUGUUUAUAUGAAACUAACUGGAUGCAAUGUGUUAUAAAAAACUUUAAUUCUGCCAAUAAAGGUGUUUAUAACAUUUAAAA